CGACCACCUUCCUGCUUGCCUUGCCAAUGUCACGCCGAUCUCGCUCGCGUUCAUACUCUCGUUCUCGCUCUCGCUCUCCUGGAAGGAGGAUAACGUUGCCUUACAACGCACAGCCCAUCUCUGAUCGUGACUACUUCCUGAAGAGUGAUGAGUUCAGGUUAUGGCUCAAGGAUGAGAAGCGCAAGUACUUUGAUGAACUGUCCGGGGACAAGGCCCGAAGUUACUUUCGCAAGUUUGUGAAGGCCUGGAAUCGUGGCAAGCUCUCGCGAGAGAUAUACGCGGGGGUUGAUCCUUCUGCGACCUCUGCCUCUUCCCAAACUUCCUAUAAAUGGACAUUCGCCUCGAAGGGGUCUCGGACCGACCAUGAAGCUCUACGAUCUGUGUGCGAAGAGAUUGCUGCCGCGACGUAUGCCAAAAAUGGGUCCAGCUCUGAGCCAUCGACAUCGACCCGAGGGAAGCAAGUGGGACCCACUCUGCCUUCGAGUACCGACCUUCAGCUCGCGCGUGAGACUGAAGAAGACAUGCGCGAGACUGAACGCAGAUACAAGCGGAAACGUGACAAGUUGGAGACGCGCGACCGCAUUGAGAACAUGGUCGGCCCCAAGGAAGUUGGGCGAGAAGGGAUGCUUGAGAAGAAGCGUGCCCGACGCGAGGAAGACCGGGCCUAUCGCGAACGCGGAGACGAAGGAUUGGAAGCUGACGAGAGCACCCUGAUGGGCGGAGGGGACGAUUUUCAAUCUGUGCUCGCCAAACGAAAGGCGGCCACGGAGCGAUACUCUCGAGCAAGGGAGAUGAGAGACCAGGAGCUUAGGGAAAAGGCCGGACAAAUGAAGGAGAAGGAGAAGGCCACGAUGGACAUGUUCAAGCAGAUGGCGGCCAAGUUCGGGUAAUCUACGCGCUCUCUCGCAUCUCUGGAGUAUGCUUCCCGUAUGAAUUCUGUUCAGAUGCCCUUGCUGUGGACCUCGACUGCGUUGGUGGCGCCAAGGCCGCGCUGCACGUUCGUAACAUGCAUGACCGCAUCAGUGCGCCUUCCGUAGUCCCAUGUAGGUAGCAGUAUACAGGCACAGUCUUUGAC